UGAUGCUGAUGCUACAGUUACAGACACAGCCCCCGCUGGCGCAGCCUCUCUGAUUCUCUCUCCCUCUCCGCGUCCAGCGCUGGGCUUUUUCAGACAAGUGCAUCUGCUAACCAGGUCACAUUUCAGCCACGACCCACCCUCCGUCAGUCACUGGAGUCAGACAGCAGGAGGAGGGCUGAGGAGGACCGCAGCGCUUCGCCACUGGCGCGGUGGAGGGAAGGACAUCAAAUCCUGCUGAAGUCCAGACCCCCUCCAGGUCCAAGCCCAGACCACGAUGCGCGCUCCAGGCUCCGGGCGGCUGGCUCUGCCGCUGCUGCUCCUCGCCGUGGUCGCCUUGGCUGAAGGCGACGCCAAGGGGCUCAAGGAGGGCGAGACCCCCGGCAAUUUCAUGGAGGACGAGCAAUGGCUGUCGUCCAUCUCGCAGUACAGCGGCAAGAUUAAGCACUGGAACCGCUUCCGAGACGAGGUAGAAGAUGAUUACAUCAAGAGCUGGGAAGACAAUCAGCAAGGAGAUGAAGCUCUGGACACCACCAAGGACCCCUGCCAGAAGGUGAAGUGCAGUCGCCACAAGGUGUGUGUCGCUCAAGGCUACCAGCGCGCCAUGUGCAUCAGCCGCAAGAAGUUGGAGCACAGGAUCAAGCAGCCUUCUCUGAAACUCCACGGAGGCAAAGACUCUGUCUGCAAGCCCUGUCAUAUGGCCCAGCUCGCUUCAGUCUGUGGCUCCGACGGCCAUACCUACAGCUCUGUGUGUAAGCUGGAGCAGCAGGCAUGCCUAAGCAGCAAGCAGCUGGCGGUGAGAUGUGAGGGCCCCUGUCCCUGUCCCACAGAGCAGUCUACUGCAUCUACCACCGACAGCAAGUCAGAGACCUGCACAGGGCAGGACCUGGCUGACCUGGGGGAUAGGCUCCGUGACUGGUUCCAGCUCCUUCGUGAGAACUCCAAGCAGAACGGCUCAGCCAGCAGUGCAGCUAGCCCCGCAGGGUUGGACAAGAGCCUGGGGGCCAGUUGCAAGGACUCCAUCGGUUGGAUGUUCUCUAAACUGGACACUAGUGGAGACCUCUUCCUGGACCAGACAGAACUGGCUGCCAUCAACCUGGACAAAUACGAAGUCUGUAUCCGCCCCUUCUUCAACUCCUGUGAUACCUACAAAGAUGGCCGCGUCUCUACUGCUGAGUGGUGCUUCUGUUUCUGGAGGGAGAAGCCACCCUGCCUGGCAGAGCUGGAGCGCACACAGAUCCAGGAGGCAGCCAAGAAGAAGCCAGGUGUCUUCAUCCCGAGCUGUGAUGAAGAUGGCUACUACCGGAAGAUGCAGUGUGACCAGAGCAGAGGCGACUGCUGGUGCGUGGACCAGCUGGGCCUGGAGCUGACCGGCACACGCAUGCAUGGGACCCCUGACUGUGAUGACAUCGUGGGUUUCUCCGGGGACUUUGGAAGCGGCGUUGGCUGGGAGGAUGAGGAAGAGAAAGAGACAGAAGAGCCAGGGGAGGAGGCCGAGGAGGAGGAGGGUGAGGCCGGUGAGGCAGAUGAUGGAGGCUAUAUCUGGUAGAUGGCCCUCGAUGGCCUCGGCAGGCCAGGGUGCCGAUGGCCAGAAAGACAGGCCAGAAGAGACCUGGACAACAGCAGGCAACUUAGCAAAUGGAUCCGGAAGUCAGUGCGGAGGACCCUGGCUCCAGUGGGGGAGGACUGGGGAGUGUGGCUUGUGUGUAUGUAUGAUGUAAGAUAUGUGUGUGUGUGUGUGUGUGUGUGUGUGAGAGAGAGAGAGAGAG